GAUACGAGCUUGUAGGAACUUGACGCGCUUUUUAAAGACGAUCGGCUUUCAGCUGAUCGUCGCGUUGCAGUCCGCAGUCCGCUAUAAGGCUGUAACGGCAACGGUAGCGCGAUGCGAUUUGUCAAACGGAGCGGUGCGCGUGUGUGGGAUACCGAGGCGAAGGAAGGAACGUGAAGGAGUCGACGAGACAAGACUGCCGUCCUGCCGUUCGCGGCGGGCCGUUGCGGGCCAUUGACAGGCGCAUUCGAAUGCGCUCGCCGCUCCUAACAUUUCGGCGCGCGGUGACAAGGAGAACGUUGGCUCGAGGUCGUCGUUCCGUGCUUCCGUUAACGUAUACACCGUACGACAAGUACAGGCCUGUUCGUUGGUUACUCCCUUAGUUUCUUCGUGCGUCUCCGCGUAUUUCUCGCCCGUGUACGCGUCUCGGACUCGCAACGACGGAGGGAAAAACCGGCUGAUCGUCACGCACGAUACAUCGAACUACUCCGAACGGCGAUAUAUACAUUACACGCGUAUAUGCAUCGUGAUCUUGUAACUAACCUUGCAGUACGCGUCUCUGGCGUCCCAGCGAAACCUAAUUAGUAGUUUACGAAUCUCUCGAUUUCACCCAUUGCGUUUUCUCGCGAGUGCGUGAAAUGUGAGUUCCUUUUGUUGAAUAAUAAUAAAAGAGUCGUUUGUUAGAGAAAUACGUACGUCAUGUAAGUAUAUCUAUCCUCGCAGGGGAUAACAUGUGUAGAAAACCACAAUACGGUGUUGCGAAAUUUAUUUAUUAUGAAAUCUCUCUUGUACAAACGAUAUAUUGUCAAUAGAAUGAUUAUUAUUCGGCGCUUGAUUGUUUCUGAUUAUUUCAUAUAAUUGAUCGACAUUCAAAAAAACGUACGUUUGCGCUAUGAAGCAAUAAUUAUAAUAAUUAGGCUUGCCGAGAACAUUUGUUGCGCAUGUAGAAACAAAUUUUAUUGCAUUCCGUCAAAAUUAGCAUGCUCGUAGAAAUUAUAUCGCGUAUGGACCUGGUAAAGUUUGUUUAAUGAUUCAUUGUUAAGUCGCUAAACAAACUUCAAGUUUAGUUUCUUUGUUAAUAUGUAUGUGCAAAUAUUUUUAUGCAACUAAUGCGAUAAAGUUGUGCAUUUCCAGCUCAUAGGAAAAAAUUAGUAAUAUUUCUAAAGUAGCAGGUAGCAUUUUGUUAACCUGACAGCACGUAAACAAUUUCAUUUGGCUAUAUCGUCUCGAAGACUCCACUACAAAUAUGCGAAUGAUACGAUAGAAUGCCACCGAGACGAGUGGAAGAUGUGCCUGUGAAGAGAGUGGCAGCUGCGGGUUGUAAGUUACCGACGCAACUGCCAGCGGGAGAAAUUCUAACCGAUAUUACACAGAAUAAAUGGAGACUGGGGAAUACCAUUGGAUAUGGCGGUUUUGGAGAUAUAUACUUAGCUUCUAACGAUAUUAUGUCACCUGUCGGCCAAGAUGCCAAAUAUGUUGUAAAAAUUGAACCUCAUAAUAAUGGACCAUUAUUUGUUGAAAUGAAUUUUUAUAUAAGAGCAGCACGUAAGCACAUGAUUAAAAGUUGGUGCGAAUCUCAAAGAAAGAGGAAAAUUGGUGUUCCCACGUAUGAGGGCUCGGGAUCUCACGUUUAUAGAAAUCAACGAUACAGGUUUCUAGUAAUACCGCGAUAUGGUAUAGAUAUUGGAAAACUAUUUCUGUCACAUAGGAGGAAAUUGCCAACAAGAUUAGUUAACACACUGGCUGUACAAAUGUUGGAUGCAUUAGAGUAUAUUCACAGCAAAGGAUAUGCUCAUGCAGAUAUUAAGGGACCAAAUAUCCUAUUAUCGUACGGGGACGGGAUAGGAAAAGAAAAAUCCCAGGCAUACCUCGUAGAUUACGGACUGGCGUAUCGUUUUCGCACAGGAACCGGUGAACACAAGCCAUUUGUACAUGACGAGAGAAGAGCUCACGAGGGCACUUUAGAAUUUACAUCACGGGAUGCUCAUCAUGGAACACAUUCGAGGAGAGGAGAUCUAGAGACUUUAGGAUAUAAUAUUAUACAAUGGUUAUGCGGAAAGCUACCUUGGGAGAAAGGUAAUGACGAAAUGGACUCAGUCAUUGAUCCAGAAGAAGUUCAUCGACAAAAAGAAAUUCUUUUAUCAGACUUAUCUUUGUUUAUGGACAAAUGCUUUCCUUAUAAAAAAACACCACCAGCCGCAAUUAUGAAAUAUAUGAAAUAUGUGACCGAGCUAGAAUUCGAGACCAAACCCAAUUAUUCCUAUUUACGGAAUUUAUUCGUACGCAGUGGCAGCCAAGAUGGCAAUAUUCCUACAUGUCUCUAUAGUAUGAAAGAAUCCAAUGAAAAUCUUACAAGCGCUAUAUUUUUCGAGCGUCCAUAUUUAAGAGAAAGGAGACCUUGCAAGCCCGUAAAUGGCGAGAUUCGAAUAACUCGAAAUACGCAGCCUAAACAUCCAGUUCAGAAUAAAGAGUUUAGCUGGGAAGCAGUAUUGGCGCUGCACCCGGAUAAAUUUGCAAAAAUUAGUACUCAACCACCACCUUCGCCUCUGACACCGCCUCUCACACCUCCAUCAUCCUCGCCUUCACGACCACCAUCUCUACCGACGUACGCUAUGCUAGACGUACUUCGUAGAAUGAAGGAAAGACAAUCAAGUUCAUUUAGGCAUAAAGGAAUGCAGAAAUCAUCGGAUAACGAACUCAAACCAAAAUGGAUGACACCCGCAAUGGAAGAAGUCGCACGAUUAAAAAAAAAGGUUAUCGAGUCUCCUAGGCCUGUAGCUAACUCCGAAAGUCCACGCGUAACACGUUCACGUAUGGCGAAGAUAAAACGACUUGGAGUUAAGAAACAACAUAAACGGAAAAGGGACAAUUCGAUCGAGGAUACGCAUAAAAGAAGAAAAGGUUCAUUCUCUUAAAUGGGCCUGGUUAGUAUUAUGGAGAUCAUAUCUCUGAAAAUGACACCAUCGGGAAUAUAUAAUCAAGUAUUAUUGAUCAAAAUCUCAUCCAUUGACACGAUGUUAUCGAUACACGUCGCGCUAAUUUGUUUAAGACUGCUUCAUCAUCAUGAUUUAUUCUUUGAUCAUGUUAAACAAUAUAUAUAAGAUUUCUAAAUAGUUGUAUAGCAAACAAAAUAGUGAUAAAAUAUUAUUAAUAAUACUAAGUGACUAAGUGACUUCCUCUUAGGAAAUUACAGAGAUUCAAUAGAAUUAAUGUGUUCGUAUAGAAAGACAUCAACUGUGGAUGUCGUAAUAUUCCUGCAAGACAUGAUGUCUGCUAUAUAAUUUAAUCGCACAAGUGAAGUUUGCAAUCGAAUCAUUAGAUUAAAUUUAUUUAACAUUAAUAUGUUGAGAAAGAGAGAGAGAAAGAAUGUGUGUGUGUGUGUGUGUGUGAUAUAAUAUUAUAAUAAAAUCAGUCAGAUUAAAUGUAUGUAUGUGUGUAUGUAUGUGUGUGUGUCUCUCCCUAUAUAUUUACAAUCAUACAUUAUAAUUAAUUUAACUGAGGUUUGUGUUCGACAAAAUAUAUAACACAAGCAAUAUUAUCAAAUUUCUAAUGUCUCAAUCUCUUGUGUUCUACAAGAUGAUAUACAGUAUUUAGAUAUAUAAAAGCAAAUUGACAUAAAAUAGUAAAGAUAAUUAUACGACGAUUACGAAUUAGACAUCACAAAAUUUUUGAUUUAUGAAUAUUCUUGUGCAAUAUAAAUCAUAAAGAAAUGUCAAAGGAAAGAUGACGUGGAUAUUGAAUGCGUCAUGUUUGUAAAAUCUUGUUUUCCAUAACGAUUGUGUCCUUUCCUAUUUAACUGCUCAAGGAUCAUUAUAAAAUAUUAAGGAAUUAUUCAUUCAGAUAUCUGACUCAAUUAAUUCAUGUAUUAAUUUUUUCAGCUGUAUUAAUUUCAUGCAUAAAUCAGAUAAGAAGAAAUAGAUUUUUUUUUUUGCAUUAUGUACAUGCACAUUUCCUUUGUUAAAGUCACAAUUGUAAAUACGCCAUUUCUCUUCAUUAGAAUAAUUCGUUACGCUAACUUAUAUAAAAAUAUAUUUAAAAAUAUUAUAAUUUUUAUAGAUUAAUUUCUACAAUGACAUGUGCAGUAGCAAAACUGUAAACAUAACAUAUAUAUUUAGUUUAUAUCAUGACAUUUAAAAUUCAUGCUAGUGUUCGAAGGAUAAUUCAAUACUAAGGAAGGAAUAGUAAAUAAAACAUAUGAUAAGAUUUCGCUAUUUUAUAUACUGUACGAGUGAAAGAGAUUCAGUAAUUUUUUUUAUUUAAUGGCGUAAUUUCUGAGCUUACCAUAUAUUAGAAAAUACUACAUUAUGAUCUAUUUUAUGUCACAUUAUGUGAACUUUUAUCUCUGACUUUAGAUAUAACGCGCGUCUUUACACAAAACAUUAUUAAUUGAUGUUUAAUCAUUGUUAGUGCUUUUCGUUGUCGUGAUCCAUUUAUAGAUUUAUAUUACAAUUUUUUUAUGAUACAAAUUUGUGAUAAUUUAUUUAUAUCAUUCUAAGUUAUAUGUACCUGUGUCUUCUUUCUCCUCCCAACAAAAAAACAUCGUUAUUUUUCGAAACUGUAACUGUGUCAUCAAUCAUCUAUAUUUAUAUUCUAUUUCUAUGCGAAAUUCCCCCCUUAUCUUUAUACUUAAAUGCGAAAAUGAUAGGUACGUUGUUUCCAGAAUGUGCAUUCAAAAAUGAUUUAAUGUGAUUCCAUAUGAGAGAUUUUGAAAAAAAUCAUAAAAUCUUUACUGGAUAAACAUUAUUCUUUCGUAGAUACUUUAUAUAGCCAAAUAUACAUUAUUAGAUUACUUUGUACAGGUAGAUAUCUCACUGGCAAUAAAACAAACUUUGUAAUAAUCAAAAACAGUGUGAUAAGACCGUGCGUUUUCCUAAGCGUCGCUGGAAGAUU